AUGGAGCAAGAGCUCCUGUCGCUCUUGGCAGACACCCAGUCGCCCCGCGCCGAUACUAGAAAAGCCGCGGAGCUUCAACUAGGACAGCUCUAUUCCAACGAGUCCUUCCCUGUCUCCCUCACAGCCAUUGCCUCCCAUGAAUCUGUACCCGUGAAUCUCCGCCAGUCCGCCCUGUCAGUGCUGCGUACUUUUAUCGGUGCCGCCUGGUCCCCCAUUCUCGAUGAUUUCAAGGGCCAAAUCCUCGUCGCCGACGCGAACAAGGCACACAUCCGUUGCGCAUUGCUUGAACUCGCAACCACCGCCGAGACCCCCGAGCGCAAGGUGAAAGCCUCGGCUAGUUACGCUGUGAGCAAAGUCGCCAGUGCUGACUUUCCCGAUGACUGGCCCGAGCUGCUCCCCUCACUCCUACACAUCAUCAAUGAUGCUGGCAGCAGUGAUGGCGCAUUGCACGGCGCGCUCAAGGUUCUUUUGGACCUCGUUGAUACCGGAUUCAGCGAGGAGCAGUUCUUCAACAUCGCUCGUGACCUCGUCUCGUCCCUCUUCACUGUGGCCACGUCCGAGACCCGACGACCGAUCCUGCGGGCUUUGGCCGUCACCGUCUUCCGAUCCUGUUUUGAUACACUGGAAAUGGUUCUGGAAGAACACAAGGUUGCCAUCAAGCAAUUCAUGGAUGAGGUGCUGAGUGGAUGGUCGCCGUUCUUUGACGCGACCUUGAAGGCGCCUCUGCCCCAAACCCCCGGCGAGGAAGAAGCAAAUAAGGAAGGCGAGAUUGCAUCACAGUGGCGUGGAAUCAUUGGCUUGAAAAUCCAAAUUGUCAAGACCCUGAUGAAAAUUCGCAUGGUAUUCCCCGCCCUUCUCACAGCCCAGAGCCCGCUCUUCUUUUCGACUGUUUGGGCAGAGCUUACCAACGCGUUGCCCAUUUAUCAAAACUUCUACAUUGAGGAUGAGAGGCAGGGUCGCUUGGAAGAUACGGACGGACUGCCAUACUCUCUUGAUUUCUUGGUUCUCGAGGAGUUGGAUCUCAUCCAAACACUGAUCAAGGCACCUCCCGUGAAAGCGGAGUUGCAGCAGCAACUUCAAAAUGCCGGCGCGGCUGCAAGCUCAUCCAGCUGGCUCCCGGAGAUCAUGAAGCUCGCCAGUUCUUACGCGCAAAUCACCACAGAAGAGGAGGGCCUGUGGGAGAUGGACGUGAAUCUCUUCUUAUCAGAGGAGACCUCGGUCACGGCCAAUUACACCCCUCGGGCAUGCAGCGGGGAUCUGGUCACCAAAACCGGCGAGUGGUUGAAGAACACUGCAGUUGAAGGGCUGCUGGCUUACAUGAACACCCUUUUCGCUGAUUCUUCCUCUUCAUGGAAACUUCGCGAGGGGGCUCUGUACGUUCUGAGCACAUUGCUUCGAGACUUGGGCGAAGUGUCUCAGCAGAUCUCUCCCGAGCUCGCCAGUCACUUCAACCAAUUCGUGCAUUUUGCGACCCAGCAGGAACAGGAGCUCUUGCGCGCACGAGGCUACCUCGUGGCUGGGGCUUUGGCUCAGGUGGCGGGUGAUGACUUCCAGCAAACGACAUCUUCUUACUUGGAAGCUACUCUGAAGGCCAUUGCCGAGGAUCCUGCCGAGGUGGUCAAGGUGGCCUGUAUUCGGGUUUUGCAGGACCUGGUUCCUUCUUUACCAACUUCUGUGUCCCGUCCCUUCCAGGUGCCCGUCAUCUCAGCCAUUUCAGAAUUCGUCUCUGCGCAUGACCUGCGCGAACAGUCUGAUUGUGAUGAUCUUAAGGUCACAUUGGCGGAAACACUUCGAGACACUAUCAUGGCGGAGCCGACAGUGGUUCUCUCGUCCAUUGCUAUCGACGUGCUCUUCAGUAUCGCUAGCAGCGGAGCCGAGAACUUCCAGCUAACCAUGACCGUCACUGAGGCCUUUGAGGACAUCGUGGAGCAGAUCUCUGAUGGUAGCCCUGACGCGUACAUGCGGCUUUGUGAGAAAGUACUGCCCUCGCUGAUGGGCGCAAUGGACGUGGGCAACCUCACUCAAGAGAACGCUUUGACCAACUUUGCUGCUGAUCUUCUCCGAGCUCUGGCCGAGCGAAGUUCCGAGCCGAUGCCUGCCGGGUUUGUUGAGACGGUGAUGCCCAAGGUAAACCGGCUACUGCUCAACUCGACCGAGGCUGAGCUGAUCCGACCCGCAACGGAAGCUGUGCGUCACAUGCUCUCGCAUGACUUUGCCCAGUUUGCGGCGUGGCGGGAUCCGCAGUCCGGGAAAGAGGCGCUCGAGGUCGUGCUGGUAAUCAUCGACCGUCUGCUGGGGCCGGCCGUGGAUGACAAUGCUGCGACCGAAGUCGGGCAGCUGGCGGCAGAGUUGGUGGAGCGGGCCGGCUCAGAGCGCCUGGGACCUUACCUGCCGCAGCUUCUGCAGGCAGUGGCUCAGCGGUUGGCGACGGCACAACAAGCCCAAUUCAUCCAGAGCCUCAUCUUGGUCUUUGCACGGCUCACGCUGAUUAGCGCGCGCGAAGUCGUCGACUUCUUAGCUCAAGUGAACCUGGGUGGACAAAGCGGACUCACGGUGGUGCUGAGCAAGUGGCUGGAGAACUCGGUCAACUUUGCGGGCUACGACGAGAUCAAGCAGAACAUCUUCGCGCUGGCUAGGCUGUACGAGUUGGCCGACCCCCGGCUGGCCGAGGUGCCAGUCAAAGGCGACCUCAUCAUCCAGGACACGGGUCGCAUCAAGACACGGUCGCAAGCACGCUCUAAUCCGGACCGCUACACGACGGUGCCGGCGCCCCUGAAGAUCGUCAAGGUGCUCGUCGAGGAACUGGCUGCGGCUUCGGGCAGCAAGGAGAUCGACGCGGCCACGGCGGCGGCCCUGGACGAUGCCGGUAGCGACGAUGGCGAUGACGACUGGGAGGAUGUGCCGGGCCAGACGCUGGAUUUGGGCCUUGGCGUCACCAAACAGGCGCUGAUGAGCUUCGGCGAGGGCGGGUCUGAGGGUGUGUUUGGAGUGCGGCGACGGGAUGACGGAACCCAGGCCUUCCUUGCCGACUUCUUCCGCCAGGUGUCCACACGGCCGGGAUUCGAGGAGCUGUUUGCCGCGCUGACUGCAGACGAGCAGGCCAAGCUCCAGAGCUUGGGGUGA